UCAGUCAUUCAGCCCUCCUAUCUUCCAGUGUCCAACCAAGUUCAUAUUUCAUAUUUCAUUAUCUAUGGUCUGUCGUGUUGUGUACUUCCGAUUCUGGGGGUUUCGGUUUCCAAAAGGGAAACAUUUAACGGUUUUGUCAUAAUUAUUUUAACCCGUAAUAAUAAUCUAACGUGUUUGUAGUUUUUAAAUCCGUAUUAGUUACCCCGUGAGGUAUAUGCAGAUUUUUUUUCACCCCCUACAAAUUCGCAAUAUAUUUUCAAGACUGUCAAAGGAAGAAUUCUUAUUUAUUAUUAUAAUUUUUUUAAAUAUAAAUAGUGAGUCUUUAUAUGGAUGUGCGCUGUAAUUCGUGAAUGGACGUUUUUAUAUUUUUUAUCGGAAGAUGAAUCAAUGCGAGCACAUAAAGGAAUUUAAGAAGAUAAACGGUCUCCAAACUUACAAAUCAAUCCACAGCUUCUUCUUAGCCAGAAGGAAAACAGAUCAAUUAAAUUAUAACCAGGUUUUAGCCACAUGCUUCGACUGCGAAUCAUUUAAUAAUGUUUGUAGACUUCUUGCCUGUAUGCAUUGCGUUUAUAUGGGAUGUUAUAACAAACAUGCGACCCUGCACUUCACAAAAACUGCUCAUGCUCUUACUGUAGAAUUGUCAAAUGGCAAUGUCUUUUGUUUUUCAUGCGGUGAUUAUGUCUACGAUAGAGAUAUUGAAAUUAUAGCCACUAAACAUAAAAGGAGUAUGGGUAUCAAUUCUGCAAUACCGAAAUCACCCCCUUGGAGACCAUCAAAUUUUGAAAAUAAACUACUACAAGAACAUCCUAAAAGAAUUAAACUCGAGGCGCAUUCGCAGAUAGGCAUUCGAGGGAUGAUUAAUUUUGGAAGCUCAUGUUAUUUGAACUGUAUUAUGCAGGCACUGUUUCACACUCCUAUUUUAAGAGAUUAUUUCUUUACUGAAAAGCACAAAUGUUUGUCUACGAAAAAUGGUGAAUGUUUUUACUGCCCAGUUUCUCGCCUUUUCCAAGAAUAUUAUUCUGAAGAAAUCUCAUCUCUGGUGAUUCCACAUGAGGUUUUUUAUCUUGUCUGGAGAAGUGAUAAAAAUCUUGAAGGAAACGAACAAAAAGAUGCUCACGAAUUUUUUACAACCGCUAUGAACUUGCUCCAGAAAUUUGCAUGCCCUGUUAAUUCUGCCAACGAGGGGGUAUGCAAUUGUAUUGUUCACAUACUUUUCAAUGGCAAGAUGCAGUCGGAUGUGGUUUGCAAGUCUUGUGGAAAUAUAUCUACUAAAGUUGAUCCCUUCCGGGAUAUAUCUUUAGACAUACCAGACACCCCUGCAUCAGAUUUAUUUGAUUGUUUAAAAAAUUUCACACGUGAAGAAAUUCUGGGAGUUAAAAUUGAGUGUAACACAUGUAAAAGUUAUGAGUGCACCACUAAACAAUUGACUUUUCAAGUUUUGCCCUUAGUAAUUGUUAUACAUUUGAAACGAUUUACACAGGUGGAUAAAAAAUGUCACCUGAAAAAUUCUUUGUAUAUUUCAUUUCCGAUGGAACUUAAUAUGUCACCUUUUGUUUCGGGCUACAGGAAUAGAAGACAUUAUAGCCAAGAAUCUUCUGCAAACAAAAAAGAUGAUAUUUAUGAUAACACGUAUACAUUGUAUGCUGUUGUAGAACAUAAUGGUGUUAAUUUAAAUUCUGGACAUUAUUUUGCUUACAUUCGACACACCAGGCACACAUGGUUUAAAUGCAGUGAUGAUGAUGUCAUUCCAAUAAAAGUAGAAGACGUUAUGGCUCGUCAAGGGUACAUCUUAUUUUAUCACAAGACUGUUCUCUUUUAUAAUUAAAAAAGUUAUAAAAAUGAACUACCUCAACUUUGCUCUGAUUCUGCGUCUAUUUAUAUUUAUAAAUUAAAUUUUUGUAAGAAAAA